AUCGAUUGUCCCUCUUCUUCUUUCUCUUUACUAUCUCUUUUCUAUGAUCGUCCAUUCUCGCCGACAGUCUCCCAAAGUCCGAGCUAUGGCCCUACCAUAUUAAUUUCUUCUCCAAGAUCCUUCUCCCCUGCUUCAUUUUACAGCUGCACCUCUUAGUUUAUAUAGUCCAAUCGAUACUCUCCUGUGUACCUUUGCAUCUUCUAAUCGCAUCACCCAAUCGAACGGAUAACACAGCACUUCAGGGGCAAUGCUUUCAUCUCAUCACGGUGAAUCCGCCACCCCAGCCAUAGCCUCUCCUUCCUCCAAUACCUCUCAACCGAUUUACAAUGGCGACCACGACCAACUGAAGACCAGCAUUGGCGAAAGCUAUGCCUCAAAAAUGGGCAGGGACGAGGUCAUGAACUCCAUGGACACUGCGAGAUCAUCGCCGAAAAGGCACGUCUCCAAAGGAAUCAACGUCAGCAGCAACAUGGCAGAGAUAUUUUCACCUCCGAUCAAGCCAGCCAGUUUACCAUUUGGAGAGCGACUUCAACACAAGGAUUUGUUCAUUUCCACCGAUUUGCACCGCUCAAUCUACAACGCGGACCACAGCACAUUACUUAACACCCCUCUGACACCAGCAGUUCAUGCCUCUCCAUACUCACAGCUGCAACAGCAACAACUCCAGUCACCAAAUCCGUCAGCGUCAAAUCAACAGCGCCUCAAUGCACGCCAUUCCAGAUCUGCAGGAUCAGAGAGCGACAUACCCGACUACGUCCUCAAUGAUACACCGCCUGCAAAUUGCAAGGUGCCCUUGGAUCUGUCGAGAAGAUCUUCCUUUCACACUAUGAUGUCCCCGCCACCUAGCGGUGGGCUCAUUAAAUCUACUACUGCUCACACCCUCUAUUCGGCCAACGAACGCCAUGGCGACGCGGUCAAAUUCACUGAUAUUAACUCGCCUAAACCACGAGCGCUUCAAAAACGACGCUCGAACACCUCAAACUCUACCAGGAGGCAUUCGGUGCCCAACAAUGUCCACAAUAUCUCGGUAACCGCGGCCCCGCUCAACGUGACAAUUCAGAGGUUAGGGAUGGGUCAGAGCACAUUGGACGCGCAGGGUCCGGGAAUGAAUGACCCGUACCUGCCUACUCCCACGGAUUCGGCCUUCCGACCAUCAAUUACUGGCGACUCCACCACUAACAUGGACUUUACGACCCAAAUAACUUCCGCUAUUCCAUCAUUCCUAUCUUCAACCUCCGUGGGCACUGCCUAUUCCAUUGGCGUCCAUCCUUUUGAUGUCAUGCCAGCACUGAAUACUGCUGACGCGUGGCCAGCCGGUGAUGUCUCUGGAAUGUCUGGAAUGCCUGGGAUGUCGUUGCCAAUGUCAAACGCCACCAAAUCUGCAACGAUCCAAUAUCUUCAACAACUCCAGCAGUCCAUAAUGCAGCAGCCCAAUGUGUCUAAUACAUCUCAGGUCCUUCAACAGCAGCAACAAGGCGCGCCUCUGCAGCAAGUUCAGCAGAUGGAUGCACUGUUGGUGCAGUCUAAGCAGCAAAAGUCAUCUCAGCCGGGACAGGGUUCUCAGUCCAGACGAGGAUCGAAGGCGAAAGCAAAGCGACGCGUCGGUAGUCUCCCUGCACCUCCAGCGACCCCUUCGUACAUGUCCGCUGAGAUGCCAUGGUCCUCACUCUCUAGCCAUAUGCAGCAGGUGGCUGCGCAAACGAUCCUUCCCUCGCAACAAUACAGCAGUGCAGAAAUUCUCGCCUUGACCAACAAUCAGCCUAUAAUAUCUCCAGCAUUCUCUACCUCUCCUUCUCCUUCUUCAGCAGAGACAGCACAAUCGCCAUCGAAUCUAGCGACUUACUAUCGCGGCCCUGCGCCUUGCGGCAAUCCAGAGCCCCUGUAUGAGUACUUGGCUUCACCGACUGUUGUGCCUGGAUUGGAAAUUAUCGGCCAUGAUUAUUACGGCAACUAUGUCCAGAUUCUUCCUAUCUGUCCUGAGACCACCUGCAGCAUGAACCAGGACCCUGUCUAUCUGAACUUGUUGCAAGCGAUCUACGCGCACACGAUUCCGUUCCUGGAUCUCGCUCCAGGCUCUGAGGAAGAAACACAGCGAUUAAUGAACGGUACUCACUCCGCAAUUUCUACACAAUCAAUCCAGCCACCUUUCAAGCACCUGCUACCACUGAACGGGUCCGCUGGGAUCGGGACUCAAGCAACUUUAGGUAACCAGAGAUCAAUGACGACAUCGGUAUCCGCGCCAUCGUUCCAGCAGCCCUCGGACAACAACAAGCUCGUUCGUCGCGCUUCUGUGGCCUCAAUCAGCUCCACACUGGCGUCUGGUAGUCGUAAGGCGAGCACUGUAUCAAAUCCUAGCUUGAACAAUCCCGCGAGAAAGAAGAAGAACGUACCACGGACUCACCCGUACAAGUCGACAAGCGUGUUUAAGGAGGACAAUCCCAUGGUUACAGAGGCAAUUCUGACACAAGUCGGAGGACUCGGAGGAAUCGGUAACAGUGCCACGGUCAGUGCCACCGAUCCUCGACAUAAGGUCGCUGAGAAGAUGGUUCACAUGGACGAGGCCGAGUAUGCUGUCCACUACUCCAAGCACUACCAAUCCAUGAACAAGUCAGUAUCAACGAUCAACCUUUGCCUGGCCCAGACAUUGGCCACGCCGAUGCCAGGUAGCGGUCAGGGAGCACCGAAUCCCAGUUUGCUCAUGUCUUCAUCUGUCUCUGCGCCCUCGAUCGCUAAUGCAACUACGAAUAGUGUAUCUGGCAGCGCGUCAUCGCCGUUGGAAACCAUUGCGGCCGCUGAUUUUAUCAGAGCACUCUCCGAGUGCAACGGCGGUAUGAAUGAUCUGGGAAUCAACACCAAUGAAUUGACUUCAGUGGUCUCCGAUAUGAACUUUGCUCAAAACGACCUCGCUAGUCUGGAAAGCCUGAUGAGGAUGGAUAGUAACGCCGUAGCAACAAUGCAUGCAGCAGCAUCGGCUACAUGGCCGCACUGGUUUGAUCUAAAUCAGCUGGAGAAGGACAUCUGUCAGGAGGGAAUGACCCACCAAGCAUCCGCGUUUUCGUCCGCGUCGUGCUCGAGGAACAACCUACCGUUAACCAGCUCGACCACACUGGCCUCGUUCGCGGGUAUUUCCAGAGAUAGCACCAGCACAAACCUGCUACUCAGUUCCAGCACCGAUCUAGCCAUGAUGGAGGGUUUGUUAGAUGAUAACCAUCCCCUAAUCUCCAAGUCCUCUUCCGAUUCGUCCCAAGACAGUGAGAUGACCCUCGCUCCUCCAGCAUCCAGCGCAUAUCACCAGAACAGCACCAGCCAGGUUCUUGUUUUCGACCAGUACCCCGGCCCACCCCAAGCACAAUCAGGAAGCAGUUCCUUUGAUCAUUCGGGGCCACCCACAUCUUCCUCGACCUCCUCCUGUUCAGGGUCCAACGGUGGCUCUCAACCGUCAGAGCUCAAAAAGUCCAUCUCAAACGACCUUGGUAUCCCGUAUACUUCUUCACUUUUGACCGUCCUCCCCUUCUCGGCCGAACACUCGCAUCCAAUCUUUCCAACGCGCGGCAACCGACGCUCCGGUUGGUAUCGAUCCAAAUCGGUCGCGUCCCAAGGUCUGAGCGAGAUCACGGGCGUUGAUUACACAACCACUUGUUGGUACGACGUCGAGCGUCUCCAGAGCGUCGUGCGCGAGUCGAUUUCCUUCCAGGAAUCAAGCGCAUUGAAAUCGCUGGAGGAUUUGACUAACUCCAAUCCUCCCAAAGAAAUCACAUAACUUGUUAGCAUAGAAUAAUAAAAGGAAAAAAAG